UGGGGAAGGUGCGCAUGCGCCAUGCGGUCAGUGUGUGUGUAGACGGCAAAGGCGUGCGCACGCGUUCCCAGAUUCAAUACGAUCUCGAGACAACUAAAUCGUAAGUGUUUUUUGUGCGAUUCAGUGUUUACGGUCACGUGGUUAAAGGAAAAUGCGACUAAUCGUCGUGAUUGCCCUUGUGGGCGCUGCGAUGGCGAAGGACAGUGACUGGCAGCCGAUCCUGCCAGACACUUCGGUGAUGUUCUCCACGUACCAUACUCCUGAAAGGUCUUUAGAUACUAAUCCGCAACUGAAAAUUGUGAACCGCAGACCGGUUCACUCACAAUACGGGUCCGGGAACAAAGUCAGCCUGUUCAACCCUGCCAACCAAAUGUCCGACACCUGCAGUAUACACAAAGUUUCCAUGAACCAGGAGCUGUUCUUCCAAUACAUGGAGUACGAAAAAGAAAUACCAGACCUCAAGGAGUUUACCCUUUGCAUGUGGACCAAGUUCCACAACCACUCCGGUGAUCAUCCUCUGUUCUCUUAUGCUGUCGGAGACAACCCGAGGGAGAUAUCAGCCUGGAUAUCAAACACUGAGGAAGCGAGCUAUUUCAGCAUGGCUGUCCAUGGACAGACUUUCUUUAGACUGAACUAUCCUCUAAAGCUAAACCAAUGGUACCACAACUGUCAAUCAUGGAACGGAAAAACCGGCGAGUGGCAAAUUUGGGUGAACGCUGAGCGUGUCGGCAGAGGAUUCAACAACAGACUCGUCGGCCACGUCAUCAAGGGAGGCGGUUUGGCAAUUUCUGGCCAGGACCAAACGCUGCUCUACAAGAAAGAUAAUAUCGAACCAGCUCCGAGACAAUCCGGUUUAAUGGGUGAGAUCACGAUGCUCCAGUUGUACCACGUCGCUUUAACUGCGGGUAAGGCCCACAAGGACCACAAGCACCACCACGUACACCACUUCAAGCAUGAUGGAACUCCUAUUGAGUCUUCCACUGAACCAGCGACUGAGCCCCCACCACCUCAGGCCACUCCUCUCGGCAAUGGAAACUUCUUGAUCGGGGGCCAGCUGAUGAGAGCACCUUCCCUGAAUUUGGCGGGAGCUCAACAAAUGGUUCCUGUGCAGCUUCCCAACGGCCUGCAGCUACAGCAAGAGUACAUCAAUGGACAACUUUCAAACAAGCUUGUCUCGGAACAGCUAUUGAACAGCGUUCAGCCUGUACCUAAUCAUUUGGGUACUGGAGCUCCAGUUCCUCUGCCAUCUUUUGGUCAGCUUGGACAGAGCCAAGGGUUCUCUAGGUCUCCUAUUGGUCCAUCAAAGGGCACGACCGUGGUAUUGUCUGGUUCCCUGUUGAACCCAGCCAACGUGAAGUACAUCGAUGAUACUGUGUCCCACAAUUUGUUCAAGAGGAAUUCCAAGCGUGACAAGCGAGACAACCCAGAGAAAGAAUUGAACGAAGAACGUGCUUCAGGAAAGAAAGACAAAAGGGGCUUAGUAGCAUUGUCGGAUGGGUCAAUUGUGGACGAGGCUUUGUUGAGCACGGACCUGAUUGAGGACAACAAGGAGGAUGAGGCCCUGUUCCAACAGUCGCUGCUGAAUGGACUCGCCGGGUUCGUCGGAAACCUCCCCGUACAGAAUGUGCAAAAAGAAACUGUCGAUGAGAGAGAGCCUGCCGAGGCCGAGGUAAAGGCAGUGAUGCAAGUCUGCAGCGGUUGUGCCCCUGAACCCUUCAAGAAGGCCCUUGUCAUCUCCUGGAGGUCGACCCCCAAGAAACUCUACAGCGGCGCUCACUACUACAAAGGUUUACCCAUCUGCCGAGCCUUCUAACUCAACGUCGUUUCUACUACUAUGUACAAAGUAUAGCCCUUGUUACCCUUCUGUAAGUAAUCCUGCGCACACGACGGUCAAUCGACAGGUGUUUAAUGGAAUUGUACAUACAUAUAUGUUUUAUUAACAUGAGUUGACUAAAUCAAUAUUGUUUAGUAGGGUAGAUAUAAACUCAUGCCGUUCUAGAAUAAUGACUUCCAAGGACUUUGCCUGUAUGUAAAACGCCAUUUACUUUAAGUGUUAAAUAUAACAUAAUUAUUUUUAGUUUUGUAUAAAAUCAACAAUUUAUUGAUUGAGGCUGCCAGGCGUUGGCCUGGGACAUAUAAAUUAGUCAUUGGGUUGAAACACGUUGAGUGUAUAUUAUUUAUUGUAGGUUUAAGAGUGCAUUCAAUCGUUACAUGAGAAUUAUUCUUUAGUUUUAAGAUCAUCUUACCGAAUUGUUACCAUUUUUUAAAUAAAUAUUUAAAGUACUA